AUGGCUGCCAGGGUUGCCCCAUCCUCAUCCUCUACCCCCUCCUUCUCCUCGCUGCCGACUCUUCACCAUUCACACUCGCACUCACAUCUGCAUUCUCACUCUCACCGCCACCAGCCCGUCCAACCCCACGACGCCAAUAACAUCCCCAAUAACUCCCCACCGAAUCCCACCACCAAGAAUAGGACCAGCCCCCAAUUCAAUAAUUAUCCCCAACACAAAACGCCACCCCCGGAUUCUCCCCGCGAAAAUCGACCUCCCCCGCCCCGCAGCACCGUCGUGGAUACCAGGCCUGCGAUCCGUGUCGCAAAAGAAAAAACCGCUAGGAAAUCUUCCAGGUCGAUGUCUGUUGGCCAGCAACAGUCUGGUCAUCGGCUUCACUCGCUGCCGGCUGGCUCCAGAACUGGGGUGGUUAACUGCUGCACUGCAGAUGGGGUAGGGGUGGGCGUUGGAGUUGGAGUUGGAGUUGGGGGCGGUGAAACUGGAGGAGCAGGGGUAGGGUUGAUAAACCCAGAUGCAUCGCUGAAGGGUGGAUAUACGGAGGAUAUGGACUAUGCGAAUGCUGCAAGGGCGUGGUCGAGGUUUCGCUUUAUAAGGGCGGGAUGGUUUAGUAUUGAUGAGGCUAUGAGAUAUAUUGUAUACUACUACGAACAUCUUGCCCCCCUAAGCCCCAUCGUUAUACCAGAUUACAGCUCCCCAGCAACCCAUUUGACCUUACUAACCGAAGAGCCCGUCCUAACUGUAACUAUGCUCACUAUUGCCUCCCGCCACAUGCCCCUGACAGGUAAUGGCGCUAGCUCUCGCGCCCACUCCAUUCACGAGAAGCUCUGGUCCUACUUGCGGGGCAUGAUCGAGCGCCUCUUCUGGGGCCAGGAGAAGUUUGACGGUGGCACGCUACCAUCCCAAAUGUCCAAAUUUUCUUUGAAUCCCGGCCAAUCGAUUUCCAGCAGAGGCCAUUUGAGGUCUUUGGGCACGAUAGAGGCUCUCUUGUUAUUGACUGAUUGGCAUCCACGCGCUCUGCAUUUCCCACCCGGUGACGAUGAGAAUACACUGCUGGAUAUUGAUCCGCAAUUUCUCACGCAGAUUCAGAGUGCAGAUAACCAUGAAUAUAACGGCAUGGUCGGUUCCAAAAACCAGAGCCACAGUCUUAGUAACAGUAACAGUAACAGCCACAAUGGCUCUGGUUCAGAGGGCCGUCUGGCAUUUUACAAAUGGCUCGAACCCGUCUGGCGCUCAGAUCGCAUGUCAUGGAUGCUCCUCAGCGCCGCGCAAGCUCUCGCCUUCGAGCUAGGCGUCUUCGACCCCAAAAAUAACCGGCUGUCAAGUCCCACCAGCACCACGGAAUCGUUCGCGGAACGGAUCCGCAAACGGCGCGUGCGCAGGCUUAUACUCGUCUAUAUAUCGCAGAGCAGCGGCCGGCUGGGGAUUCCUUCCAUGCUUCCACUACCGCAGUGGGGGAUCAAUAUGGAUCCUGGAUUGUCGCUGGAGGAGUCACGGUUGCUGGACCCCAAUGAGGACCGCUCGAUUGACCUUAUGCAGGAUUGCUGGAUGGAUAUCUCAAAGAUUAUGUAUACGAGCAACCAGGUGCUGUUUCAGAGUAAAGAGCAGACGUCGAAUUUGAUUAAAAGUGGGAGGUAUAGAGAGCAGAUUGAUAAGUUUACUCCGUCGUUGAGGGAGUUUAAGGGGAAGUUUGAUCGGGUUUCUAUGCCGGCCCAUAUGCGACAUAUUCUCGCGAUCGAAUAUGAAUAUACUCGGCUAUACAUCAACUGCCUCGCGCUUCAAGCAGUCGUGGAUAGAUGGACGACAAUGACUAUCGAAGUCCAAAAUUCAUCUGCGACCGCACGGCCGAAUUCAACUGGUCAGGCAAAUACACCUACCCCUACUGCAACUACAACGGCCACUGCCUCCUGGCGCGUCCUCAUGGAGCAAUACCAGGUCAACGAACCGUAUAUACAAGAGGUGGUGGAUGCGUCCAGGCGCAUUUUGAAAACUGUUCUGGAUGGUCUUGUCCCCGGUGACUCUCUGAAACAUGCUCCCGUUCGCACUUUUUUCAGAAUUCUAUCGGGGAUGAUAUUCAUUCUGAAGACAUUUACCCUAGGAGCCAAAGAAGAUGAAGUUCGCAUCUCCCUGGACUUGCAGGACCGUACUAUCGAAUCCCUACGUACCUGCGUCGUCGACGACGUCCACCUCAGCGUCACAAUAGCUGAUCUGCUCCAGCUCCUAACCUCCAAUAUCCGCAACAGAUUCCUCCGCUUCGCGCCCCCAGACCGCGUCACAGGCGAAUGCCCCAGUCGCGAACGAACUCCGCUGCCCCAACCGCAACCACAGCCAUUACUCUCCUCGCCAUUGUCUACACACCAAUCGCCCCAUCCACCCGACCAGCAUCUAAACAACCACACCCUAUCCCAACAGCCGGAUCAGAACCAGAACCAGAAUGACUUCCACAGUCCCUCAAGGUGGCACACCACCAACGCCCACACCACCAACGCCCCGAGCCCCUUCCAAUUCGACGCAAACCAUCACCACCACACACCAUCCACCUCCGCCCCAUCAACCCACACAGACCCGCUCGCAAGCAUCCCCGCCAAACCCCUCAACUCCACCAGCCUAGGAAUCUCCUUCAUGCCCCCGCCUGCCUCCGUCUUUUACAACUACUACGACCCCAGCACCGCCUCGCUAAAAAUGGACUUGGAUGGCGAUCCUACCGCCACAGCCACAGCCGGCGCAGGCGCAUCGCCCAUCACUAUCGCGCCGGAGGUUAUCAGUAACCAAAACACCAGUAACGGGAACGAUGGGUCAGGUAUGGCUAAUGGUGCUGGUGCUGGUGCUGGUGCUGGCGGUAAUGGGGGCGCGCAGUCUGACUGGUUUGCGUUACCGCUUGAUCAGUUCUUUAAUAAUGCGACGAUGGGGGUUGAUCAGGGGCUGGGGGGAACGGGGCCCAUGGUGGGUGAAUUUGACAUGCUUGAGGUGUUGUUGAAGGAGCAGGAUGAUAUGGGGAAUGGGUUGUCGGGGGCGUUUUUGUAG